AAAGGUGACCAAAAGGUGACGUUCAAGUCGUCCUCCAAACACAUCGGAAUGACGACCAGAUACAUUCCACAUAUUAUCUAUGCUACCGCAAUAACAUCACUAAGCACACACGCUCUCAACCAGCGAAAGCUUCACGAAGAGCAGCAAAUCCAUUACGAGACUCACAUUGCUCUUUUAGAGUCGACGAUCCAACGACUGAAGUCGGGGGAAACGGUACCGGAGAAAGAUUUCGAAAGGCUGAAGAAGUUCUCCAGGGACCCUGAAUUGGACAGGGCUGCAGCGCGAGGCUUUGAAACGAAGGAGAACAUAGGGUGGUGGGAAGUCGUGUUUGGAAAGAAACGAUUGGAUACUGAGAGCGCGAGGCAGCGUAGCGAGGAAUGGGAUAGACGAGAUCUGGAGAAAGUUCGAAAAGAGGUGGAAGACACCUCAUGACAAGACCAAUAUCUUCCGGGAUAUCGUCAUUGCAAUUAUGCUCCCUACCACACUGUUUGGUACAUUAUACUCUCCUAAUUGAACCAUAUAAUUAAGAUUAAUUGACGUGUAGUUCCAUUCAAACCGUGCAACCCAAGUCACGGACAUAUGUCAAUGCACAUAAUGUUAUAACCUG